AUGCAGCUCACCAACAUCCUCGUCCUUGCCGGCGUCCUCGGCGCCUCGGCCAUGCCUUCUGGCCACGCCCACCUUCACCGCGCCGCCCACCAGCAGCGCGACAUGAAGUUCUACAAGGCUGAAAAACACUUCCCCAUCCCCAUCCAUGCCGCCACCACCACCUCCUCCUCCGUUGCCAUUCCUUCCAGCACCACCGCUCCUGAGCCUGCCAAGUCCUCUGCGGCUGUUGUCGAGGAGCAGGACGACUCCAACUCUACCGACGAGUACGUUCCCUUCUGCGGCGAGAACAAGAAGUCCAAGCGCGUUACCUACGCUCAGAUCAUGUACACUGGCAACACUGGCGACGCCAACGGCUGCGAGUGGAACUCCAACAUGAUGACCGUCCCUAAGAAGAUCGCCGACAAGUACCACAACCGCAUGUUCUACACCAACGUUGCCGAUGUACCUUACCAGGUCGUUUGCGCCAACAAGAUGGGCUCCGACCACGGUCUCAACGGCAUGUUCAAGGUCGCCACCAACAAGCAGCUCGUCUUCACCCUCCAGCCUGGCGAGACCCAGAUCGUCGUCGCCGCCGCCAACACCCAGGGUGUCUGCGCUUUUGCCCCCGAGGAGAUUCCUACCACUGUGAACGGCCAGUAUGCCGGUAACUGGGCCGAGUUCGACUUUGAGAACAGCAGCAACGGUGGCUGGUCUGGUGCCGAUUGCUCUUCACUCGUUGCCCAGGCUCACGAUAUGGACGUUCCCGGCUGCCAGAUCUGCGGCCACGACACCUGCUCCACCAUUCUCCCCGGUGGCUUCGGUACCAACGCCUACACCAAGGGUAUGGAGGCUGAGGACGGUAUUGGCCUCAACAUCAAGGACGGCCAGCAGGUCACCCUCAACGUCAAGGUCGGCUACGCCGGCAAGGACUAA